AUGAGCGAAGAUCAAAUCACAUCACCACUAAUCAAAGCAUUAACACAAGAAAUGCCAAAUCUUAUCAACUCAUUCGCAAUAUUUGGUGUUUCUCCGAGUACAUCACCAAAUACUCCUACUCCUCAAAUCCAAGAAUUAUAUAAAUAUCCAGAAUCUUAUAAAUUUCCUCUAAAAGCUGAACAAUUUAUUGUUCCAAGAAAUCCUACAAUUAUUCCACUUACAAACAAUGAAAUUUUCAAAGAACAACCAAUUCGAUAUAUCACUAUUCUUCCUGGUGAAAUAGAAAGUGUGUUAUGUGUAUGCAUACAACAAAAUGAAUUUUUAAAUAUUACUUCAGAUUUAAUAAAUCCAACAGGACUUACAACCCAAUUAUUUAGUGUCAAAUAUUAUACACAAAGAACAUAUUGUUUCACUACUACAUGUCCAUAUUUUUUAGCUUUAUUUCCUUUAUUACAUUAUAUCGCAGAACGUAGUUAUAGAAAUAAAUUAGAAUAUUUCUAUAGUGUUGUUCUUCGUUUAACAUUACUUUCUCCUAAUGCUUGUUUAAAUCCGAUUAAACCGUCACUUGAAGCAUUUAUUCAUUUGAUCUUUCGUAUUCCACAAAAACAAUCAAAUCCAUUAUCUUUUACAAUAGAAAACAACAAAUAUACUUUUGCUAGAUCAUCACCUCCUUUACCAUUGACUCCACUAUCUCAAGCAAUGUCAAUGGUUGGGGAUUACUCAUUAAUACGACUAUUUUGUACAAUGUCAGUAGAAGAAAUAUUAAAUAUAUUAAGUGUAAUGCUAUGUGGGAUGGGUGUUAUUCUUAUAUCAGAAAAUAUAUCUACUGCAACAUCAUGUAUUUUUGGACUUCUAUCAUUGUUUUAUCCAUUUUCUUGGCCAGGUAUUUUUAUUCCAUAUAUUCCUGAUGAAUUAUUUGAAUUUUAUGAAACUCCAGUACCUAUUUUAUGUUCUGGAAAAUAUCCACCAUAUCAAUGUAGAGUAAAUGCGUAUGUUCAAGAACUUGAUCAAUCAUAUCUUUCGUUCUUUAUGUCUAAAAUAAGUCGUUCAUUUAUAUCCUUACAACCAAAUGGAUUUACACUCCCUUGGAGAAGUGAGUUAUUAAAAAAACUUACUGAUUGUAUAAAUAAAUAUGUUCCUAAACGACCAACAAUGUAUGAUAGAGAAAAAUUUAUUGAAAUGAUGCCUGCACAAAGAGUUAUUGAAUUUUCAACUGAAGUAAUGAAAAUUAUGAAUGAAUGCUUGUAUAGAAGAUUAGAAAAUAGUGUUGUUAAUUUUUGCACAGAAAUGAAAGAAUGCUCACUUGAAAAUUUUAUUCAACAAUUUCCUCAAAAAUUUAAUACUGUUGGUGCAUUAUUUAUGAAAAAAUUUGUAGAGUCACAACACUUUAAUGUUUGGUGGUAUCAAUUAGGUUUAAAUACAUUAAAAAUUAAAAGUUCUUCAACUAAAUGA